UGUCUGCAAACUGAGAGCCAGAGAGAGGCACAAUCCCUCCUAUCAGAGGCACAACUUGUGUGUUCUUUCACCCCGCUGAAGGCGAAAAAUAAAGGUGGUUGUAACACUGCGACGAGGCUUUUCUUUUUUUUUCUCCCCCCCGGAGAGGAUAAAGACUUGGAGGAGGAUCAAAACAAGGUCUGUCCCUGAUAACGUGACCAGUGAAGGAAGAGAACACAGAACUGCUUCAUCAUGAAUUUUGUAAUGAAAGCUGCGCUGGGAGGAGGACCUCCUGAUGUGGGCAAGAUGCUGGGAGGGGAGGAGAAGGAGGAGGACCCUGAUGCAGCGAAGAAAGAGGAGGAGAGACAGGAGGCGCUGAGGCAGCAGGAGGAGGAGAGGAAGGCCAAAUAUGCCAAGAUGGAGGCUGAGAGGGAACAGAUGAGGCAAGGCAUCAGGGAUAAGUAUGGCUUGAAAAAGCGCGAGGAGGCUGAGGCUGAGGCAGCAGCCGCCGUGGAGGAGCCUGCAGCCGGAAGCUUGACCCGACCCAAGAAGGCCGUGCCGGCCGGCUGUGGUGACGAGGAGGAAGAGGAAAGCAUCAUGGACACAGUGAUGAAAUACCUGCCAGGCCCACUGCAAGACAUGUUGAAGAAAUAGGUUGGCUAGCUAGCUAAUGCUAACAUUAUCUAGCUUAGUUCAUAGGCUACGUUCACAAAGUUGGCUUCAAUCAGGUUUUUUUUUUUUUUUUUUUUUUUACUAGCCACAUGUAAGCGCGUAAAAUGAAGUUAAAAUACGGUGUGGUCUUUAGGUGUUCGGACAAAUCAGAGUUUCAUGGUGGGGAAAUGAAUAAGAUGUGAACCAACAGUGUGAACUGUAGCCAUUAGACUAAGCUGGGCUGAUCCAACGGCCAGGUGAACGUUGGCUUGUCUGAUGUUAACGUUAGCUAUGUUACACUUAAGAAGCUAACAGCCAGGAGAGGGGCUAAAGACACAAAGUUAGAUGGUUUAGCCUUCUAGUCUGUGAAGUUUUAAACUCCCUUUUUCUCUCCUCUGUGGUAGCUGCAGAGCUCUCUCGCAGCACUGAAAAAUAAUCUCCUUGUCCACUACGCUGUUCACUCAAUUUGUACAUAAAGAAAUGACUACAUGAGAAGCCUCAAGGUGGGCAAACAAUCAUAAAAUAUUAUGUGAAAUUACUAUAUUAACUGCGUGUCUGUCUCUAAAAUUUAAAAAAAAAAAAGUGAUCACUUGAUAAGCCAUAUUUUAAAAAGGAAAUUUAAAGACUAUUGUUGUGUGCUCCUAAAGCUACUGUUUUGUGUUCGACCAUGUCUGAAAUUUAUGUAAAACUUUUUGCACACAGUGUUACACAUUCUCUGUAAAACCUAUUGUCGAUUUACCCAACACUCCUACAGUGCCCAACAUCGAAGUGUAAUAACAUUCAUGUAGCGUAGUGUUUAAAAAAUGUUUCUAUUCCCCUGUUCAGUGCGUGUCCUUCUUAUGUCUUGCAUGCCAUUUGUCUGGACCAGUCCGUUGUGUGAAUAUGUACAAACUCACCUCCCUGCCCCUUUUAUCCCCUUCUUUAUCAUGCAAAAAAAUAUUAAGGCAAUAACUCCUAAGUUUGAGUGUGUUUUCACUACCGUGUCGAUAUAGCCGUUAAUAAUAUCAGUAAUAAAAAAAAUUAUAUGUAUGCAUUCAGGAAAUUUAAUAUACAGGUUUGCAGGGUUUUCUUUUUUUGUUGAUUCUUUGUUUUGAUGAAGAAUGACCGUGUAGCCGCUCAUACAACAGCCAAACCUUAACCUUUCAGCCAUAAAACCAGAACUUACAGUAUAUAUACUAUUACUAUCAGGAUCUACUGCGUGGGAGAGAAUGCUGAAACUGUAUGAAUCAAUAAAAAUAUGUGUCAAAGAUUUUUAAGCUACAAUAAGCAGCAUUAACUAUUAAAGUGGACUACAAGUCUGGAUUUUGGAUCAUGUCAAGAUUCCUGAGAAAGAGACCACUUUCAAUCGGUACACUACAAACACACACACAUACACGGUGAAGUGAAUACAAAGUGUUUUAAAAGAUGGUAUGAUGAGAUGCUUGUCUCAUUUCUAGUUAUUGUUGUAGAGGUGACAAUGAGUCGCUGCGGGUGACGUGGAAUGCCAUGAGCAAUAAAGGAUUAUCAUGUAUA